CGGACGUGAAGCCUUCAGCUUUGGGUGAUCCAUGUCUGUUAAUCAAUACUGAGGUUGAAUCUGAAUGGAAGCGCAAGAAGGAAAGCAAGGUGUCUUCGAAACCGAGACCGAGAGACCACCAACAAAUCCCCUACAAGGAGUAAUAGAAGGAGAAGAAGUUGGAGAUGAAAAUGUUUUGCGAUUCCUGGACUCGAUGGACGGUUACCUUGGUCUUAUGGAUUCUUUAUCAGCAACGCUUCGACAGGGAUGGUUUGAAUUAGCAAGUGCUAAGUACUCUAUGGGCGCAUUGCGUGUCAAUGGCGCUUUAUUGGAUCUCAAAGUCCAUCCUGCUGCUACAUCAUUGACAGUAACCCAGGAUGAUGUUGACUCCGAGCUAAAGCAACCACACUUCACCUUGUGCAAGUGGGUGUCCUCUGGAAAUGAGAAAAGCUCUUCCCAGGAGGUGAAAUCCAAAGAGGAUGAUUUGCUUAAGACAUCUGACAGUCAACAACCACAAAACCACGGCAGUUCCCAAAUGUUUGAAGGUAAAACCUCAGCCAGGGAUGGAGCAACAUUUGAGGUUGAUAAUCAAGUUUCAAAGGAACGAGCCAAAUCACUCUCAAUGUUUGGAACUCUAGUUUCGCCAAAGCUUCGAGCUGUCCAACCAUCAUUUGAGACAGCAUUGGAGACCAUUGUUGAAAUAGUGAACAUUCAAUCAUCAAUGCUAAACGCUUAUGAUCAAGUUCAAAGAGGAUCAAAAGGCAGCAAGGGAUGAAAAAACUUUCCUCAUUUAGGUGUUCAGGCAACCUUAAAUGUCUGAUACUGAAUGCUUUCCCCCUUGGUUUUACCCCUCAAAAUAUCUCAUCAUGGGUUGCGUUGUGCAUGCUAUAAUUUUCAUUCAACCUUACUUAAUUGCUGAUGGAUUACUUUUUAAUGCAAAUUCGGGUGCUGAUAUGAGUUCCCUAACGAUGGACUCGGAUGGCAAUGAAGAUUCGUCGCAGUAGUUGCGCAUGAAUAGAUUGCAACCUUUGCACCUGUUUCAUGAUCACUUCUGUUCAUUCAUCUCAUUAGUUCCAACAAUCUGUGUGUUAAAAUAGCGCAAUUGAUUUUUUCUUUCUUGUUUCUUCUGUCACUCCGAUAUUUUCAUAGGCUCACCUUUUGUUUAAUUCAUGGAAAUGUUGGUCUUG